CAGCUGAAAAUUCUGUUUCGCUUGGACUCGUACGUGCGUGGAGUUAUCGGCUGGAGUUCACUUUUCCUCGUCUCCUGCAGAAACUGAAUUUGGAGCCUCUUGCAACGGAAUUCGGAGUGCUCCAUCAGCAUUCGGUUUUGCUUGGGACAAAAUUAAUCGAGGCGCCGGAGUUUACUCUCCUUUUUCUUUUCAGGAUACAUAAUUUUGUAUCGAAUAAGAAAGACGUGUAUCCUAUACUGGGCCGGGUAUUUGGUUUCGAAAAAAUUAUAUUAAUGGGCCGGGUAUGGACAACUAUACUGCGUCAGGUCUCGUCCCCUUCUCCGGCGGUCCGGCCUCGUCUUCACGAAGCUCCCAAGUCGUGAAGCUUCACCAGCUCCCUCGACUCCGCGCUGGGCUGGACUCGCCGGAAUCCGUCUCGUGGCUUCGCUUCCUCGUCCGUCGCAGUCGCCGGGAUCUAGGGUUCUCACUUCGACGUCUGGACCUCACCCAAACUCCACCUUAUCCUCAGGGUCUGGAGCACCAAGAGACGAGUCUGAGAAGUCUUUUCUCUGAGAACAAAAAAUGUGAGGAUUCAUCACCAGUGACGGCGAGCGCUUGUGGUCACAGGAGGAGGGUUAGAGGAGGAGGAGGAGGAGGUGCAGUGACGAUAUGUUCACGAACGCUCAGCGCCAGGUUGAGCGCACCGGCCGCGGCGGCACCCCGAGAGAGCAGUACCUUCAGGACCUCGUGACCCAGUUCCAGGACUCCACAGACGAAGAGUCCAAAGAGAGGAUAGUUGCAAACUUGGCAAAUUUCGCUUAUGAUCCUUAUAACUAUGCCUUUAUGCGUCAGGUUGAUGAUUCCAAGUGCCUUUUAUUUUGGCUGAAUAUUCUCGAGUUGUUCUUGGACUGCAUUACGGAGCCAAAUGAAAGGCUUGUUGAGUUUGGUGUUGGUGGAAUAUGUAAUUCAUGUGUUGAUCCAGCAAACGCUUCAGUCAUUACUCAAUGUGGCGGGAUCCCAUUGGUUGUGCAAUGCUUAUCUAGCCCAGUUAAGAACACUGUGAAUUAUGCACUUGGAGGCUUGUACUACUUAUGCAACCCUUUGACAAAAAAGGAGAUUCUGAAACCGGACGUGCUUAGGGUGAUAAGAGACUAUUCUGCAGCUGGAGCUGUUAACAGCAGCUUCAGCAAUCUGGCAAAUGCAUUCCUGGACAAGCACGUCAACUCAUGACCUUUUUCCAGAGGACUAGGCUUGUAGCAUGUCAUCUGCUAGACACAAGAGAGGAGAUGAUGUUAGUACAUGAAUUACCAUCCUGUAGCCAUGUAUCCAAGCACUGUAAUAAACAGAAAUGACAUAAAUCUGAAAAUUUUACCUGUGAAAACUCAGUAAGUUCAUCAGCACUGUUGUCUUGUCUCAAUAGUAUUUUCUUCAAGACUA